AUGAUGCAGAAUAUUUCAGAAGUGUCUGAAUUUAUUCUUGUUGGGUUAACAGAUGCAUCAUUCCUGCAAGUUCCUUUAUUUAUCAUCUUUACUCUCAUUUAUACGACCACAUUGGUUGGGAAUCUUGGGAUGAUUUUGCUGAUUCUCUCGGACACCCGACUCCACACUCCCAUGUACUUUCUACUCAGUAACCUCUCUCUGGUGAACUGUGUUUAUGCCUCAGCUGUCACUCCCAAGGUGAUGGAAGGGUAUCUCACAGAAAAUAAGAUCAUAUCCUACAAUGCAUGUGCUGCUCAGAUGUUCUUCUUUGUUUCCUUUGUUAUUAAUGAGAGUUUUAUUCUGGCCUCAAUGGCCUAUGGUCACCAUGCAGCAGUGUGCAAUCCCUUGAAUUACUCCACUACUAUGACAACUACAAUAUGUGCCCUGCUUCUUGCUGGAUCUUAUGUCAAUGGACACUUACAAUCUUCCAUCCAUGUUUCCUUCACAUUCCAUCUCUCCUUCUGUCAUUCUAAUGUAGUCAAUCACUUUUUCUGUGAUAUCCCCCUACUAUUAGCUCUUUCUUGCUCCAGUAUUUACAGAAAUGAAAUCAAGAUUUGA